UUCCUAUACGCUUCACACAUUUAGAUGAACCGCGUAUAAUGAUUAAAUUACACAACAUAAGAGUUUUCUUACACGUACCCUACUCGAUGUUGCGACCUAACCUGUGUAUACAAGCAGUCCAUAUGAACUUGGAUACCAUUAGCGAAUAUACGAAAAGCUUUAGACGAAAAAUCUUCGUAAAUUUAGGAAAUCUUAUUGGUGGCAUACAAGAAUUACCCGAAUACGUAAAACGCGAAUACGAAAUUGUAACCGGGAUGCAAAAAAAAAAGUAUAAUGAAAUCGUAGACAGAUAUCAUGACUAUGAAGUAAAAACUGCUACACUCCUCGAGUAUAUUGCUGAUUUGAAAUCACUUCAAAAAAGGAGCAAGAAUAUCCAAAAGAAAUUAGAAGAGAUACGCAUACCUUCCCCACCCCAAUACCUUGCGGAUAAUCAACGUCCCGACAUAUUCAAUGAAUUUCUCGAAAAAGAACAGAAACAAUAUGAGACCUUUUUAAAUAUUGUAUACAAUCCUGCAACCCUUAAUCUAUGUUAUGAUGAGAUUAAUCUCAGAAAAUUCGUAAUCUUAGGUGGUGUUUAUCAAAUAAAUUAUGUACGACAACCGUUAAAUAUUAAAAUCGGCAAUGUCGGCAUGAUCUGGCAUUCAGAUGGCCGAAAAUUAAUUGUGGAAAAAGAGUUACGCAUUCCUAGUCCUUCUUUCACUACCAGCGUUCACUUAAGGCGCAGAUCUCCCCGAAUAAGCUUUGCGAACGUCAGGAAAUCUUUGAAUUUCGCUCCACCAAAUGACACCGAGAAAGCGGACGUAGAUCCAGAAAAUCCUAUGUUUGUUCUAAUCUUCUAUCUGCCCGACUACCUUUGUUAUUGGGGUGAGCCAGUUGCAUGUCACUUCGAAGAGGGCCAAGACGUUGCGAUUGUUGAAACAGCGGAGGAGAAAACGCGAGAAGAAGAGACUACCAAAUUAUUAAAAAUUUUCGAAGAUGAAUUAGAAGCAGUCAAAUUAGAUAAAUUAAAUGACCCUUUAUUUAGUAGCUCUGCUCUGCGUCCACCUCGACCAAACUACUUUCAACCUUCACCAUCGUCGACACGUAUCUUUAGUUCAAUGAUCCUGCCAAAGAGUUUACCUAAGUUAAACGUACAAGAUUUCCCGUUAGAUCUUCCUUUAACAAACGAUCAAGUGAAAUUGAUUCAACAAUUUUGCGUCCCUCAAAUCUUAUCUUCGUAUAAACUUCCGAAAGAGAUUAAAGAAGAGAAACGAGACUAUGAACUUGAAAAAAUGAAACGUCGGAAGCGAAUUUUAUUUCGCUCGAAUGCUAAAGAAGGAAACCACCUCGAUUCUCCAUAUACUUUUGGCAAACUCCAAAAUAAUCCAGAGCGCAUAUUUAAAGUGUUCGAUGAAGUGAAACCUUUUCACGUUGUUAACAUUCAGCAACCAUUUGACAUCGUUUUACACAAGCGACCUAAAACCUUUUACCAAUUUGUCAGGGCGUUACUUUUAAUUAAAAAUUUUGCUUUUAACUACUUUCACCGAAUUUGGCAUAUGAAACGAUCGCACCCAGCAACGAAAGAUGUUUUGCAAACGAGUCAAACUCGCAAAAAUCUUCAAUUGCUUGAACCAUCACAUCUUAAACGAUCAAAUGGCCUUUCGUUAAGAGGAAAAAGCCGACCAAGUAUAUACAGUGUUGACAAUUCCCCCGUAAUCACAAACUUGGAUACAUUAAGACAUCGAGGAAGCACAAGCUCUAUUGCCUACCGAAGAAACUCGACGAAUAAAAUUAAUGUAAGUCGUGAUCCCUCUCCUGCCUCAAGCAGAAAAAGCAUAUCGACAGAGAGAAAACUCUCAUCGAUUAAUACCGAUUUUCUUUCGGAUGAAAGUCUGCAAAAAACGAAAAACAUUGAAACCGGAACUUAUUCACAUUGGACUACCAAACAUAUUAAAUUCUCAAGCUUGAAUAGGGAGAAAAAGACGUUUACGGUCGAAACUGAUCGACUGGGUUCCUUAGGUCUUGCCUGUAAUCGUUACGAGCACUUCCCAUUUAAGUAUUGGGCUGUACAACCUGGUGAGACUGAUCCGCAAAAUGAGGUGACCUUUAUCUUGGAAACCCAACACGUCAAAUGUGUUUUAAAUAUAACCGAGCAAGGUAUAUGUGGAUAUGUUUCCGAACCUUUUCACAACUACAAGGAGGAUGCUAAAAAAUAUUUGGUUAUCAAGGAUCCAAUUCGGACUUUAGCCGAGUUGAAGAAACGUUUCGAAGAGAAUUAUCUCAACAUUUUCGCACAUCAUGACGCUUGCUUUUAUAUCGAAAAAGGCUACUUUUGUGUAAAGCAUUUGGCUACCGAAAUGCACACGUAUUGCUGCAUUGUGCUGAAUAGCAGUCAAAUGAAAUUCCAUCACAGUCAGUGGAAUGGUUUGGCCCCGCGACGUGAUAUAAUUUUACAAUUUAACAAUUAUAAGCAACCUACUGAAGGUAGUUUUCAGGUUCGUAUCACACCGGAAGGCGUCACAUUUGUUCAGAUCUCCGAAGGAUGCUCAAACAGUUUAAAUGUCAUAAAACUGAUCUACAAAUCGACAUGGCGAAACAUUGACUUUUACUCGGAUUUACAUCACGCGAUAUAUUCGAUUUUUCCGACCUCAGUUGAAUCGCUUCGCAAAAAUAGCAGAAUAAUUUACUAUCUCAGUUCUCUGCUUAGUGAAGUUCGACCAUUAAGCUAUUCUUGAAUUUAUCUCCGCUGUAUUUGAUCACAUUCCAAACA